CGGAUUAAGGGACUGUGGGUUAACAGGCUGCUGUCUCUCUCCGCCCUACAUGGGACGGUCGUGUGAGCAGCUCUCUAACUUUCUGCUGUCAGCUCCUCAUUUUACACAAACUGUGUCUUCCCUCGUGUGCUCUGGAGCCGGAUAACCGUCACUUCACAUUAACGUGGUUUCGUUUUGGGCGUGUGCCACAGCAGAUUCUUCACCUCGUGGGACGUUCAGGGACCAGACGCGCGUAAUGUCAACAACUCUACCAGAAUGACUGACGGGUGAACGCACGCGCUACGGGCUCAUCCAGGAGUCACUUUGGCACAGAAGAAUUUUGCGUAAUUGAAGCUCCCGAAAGAGAUGAAGUGACUUCAGGGACCGUGGUUUUAUCCAGCUCCUGUCCGAAGAGACUCAGUUCCAUGUGUGCGCCCUGCGUGCCAGGCUGCACUCCACCCCGAGGACUGUGCCCAAGACCCGGGGGUUAGAUGGUGCUUAUCACGGACGACAGGGAUGGAGGAGGCGCUUCGUCAGUCCGGGUCAAACAGCUCCACCAGACACCUAAAGUCGGGGUAAACAUCCCUCAGAUCCACCCUCCUGUGGCUGAGUUCAACUCUGACGAGGACUACCUGAGCUCGUGCGAGGAGAACGAGGAAGAGGACGAUGAAGGGGAGGAGGGGGAUGAUGAGUUCGAAGAAGUUGACUUCGAGGACUUGGAUGAUGGCAGGAGCAUCGCGUCGGAUGACUCCUACUACCCUCCGGAUGAUGUGUUCGCGGACUCGGAGCGCACCCCGUCUCCGGACAGCCCGGAGCCGCUGUCCUUCUUCCAGGCGUGCUGCAACAACAACGCGGCUAUAGUCCGGAUCAUGAUCCGACAUGGAGUGACGGAGGAGGAGGUUCACCAGAAGGACAGGAAUAACAGGAUCGGGCUGCUGGUGGCGUGUUAUCAAGGUUUUGUGGACGUUGUCAUCGCGCUGUCUCAGUGUCCGUUUCUGGAUGUCAACUGGCAGGACAGUGAAGGGAACACAGCUCUCAUCACGGCUGCUCAAGCAGGCCACAUAACAAUCACCAACUAUCUGCUCAACUACUACUCCGGGCUGGACAUCGAGAGGAGGAACUGUCACGGCUUCACGGCACUGAUGAAAGCCGCCAUGCAGGGCCGGGUGGAAUGUGUGCGCUCCAUCAUGAUGGCAGGUGCUGCUUUGAACUCCAGGGACUUUGGCCGACACUUCACUGCCAGGGAGUGGGCCUUGUUUACAGGCCGUUAUGAGACCGCCUGGGUAAUGACACGCCUUAUGGAACGACCCAGCCCUCACCAGUACAAGGAUUCAUUCAGUCUAGAGUGGCCUCCGCUGGCAUCACUGGUUGCCAAAGCCCAGGAGCCUCGUGGCUGCCUGAAGCGCCUUUCGGACACUGUGCGGAACGUAUUCAACAUCGCCAAUGUCACCAACCCUGAGGAUGAGGGCGUCAUUGACCACAUGGUUUCUAUAACCACUGCCAUGAGGAGCCCUUUCAUCGCUGUGGCAUGUCAUACAGUGUGUCCUGACAGUCCCCCGAGUGUAGGCAAACGGAGCCAUGCAGUUCCCGAGAUCAUCCGACAGCAGCGCGCCAAAGAGCUCCGCUCCGUCAACCCUAACAGGGCAGACAGCCACCUCAAACUCUUCCAGAACUCCCGGGUAACACUGGUGGCCAAAAACUCAGUGGACCGUCGGGCCAGCCUUCAGGUUCAGAGCCUGGUCCCCCGACACAGGAGCUCCAGCCUCGGCAUCGUGGGUUAUAAUGAAGCCCUGGAUCUGCGGAGGACCAGCCUGCUGCCUUUGAACAUGAUGCUGAGGAGGAGCAGUGUCAGGCCGGGGUUCAGCAUCCCCAAAGUGAGGGUGUCCAAGGCGCCCACGCCUUCGUAUGAGCCUGAAAAGAUUCGGAGGAAGAGCAGCUGCAGAGAUGGAGGUGGGCAUCUGCUGCAGAUCCCAAAGUGGCGCUACAAGGAACUGAAGGAAGAGAGGAGGAAAGCAGAGGAGGCGGAGAGGAGGAGGCUGGAGGCCAUAACCAAAAGACACCUUGCUACAGGGAGAAAGAAAUGAUAUCACUGCCUCAGAGGAUGUCAUGUACACUAACCAAAAGAAGACAAAGUCUGGGAUGGACCAUUUGUUAUGAAGACUUUGCUGUAAUACUUCCUACCAGGUAUUGUGCUCAGGGGGAGCUUCUCUUACCAGCAGUGUUUCAAGUAAAGAAGGAGACUGAGGGCUGCGUGGUCGCCUCAGUUUGUAAGGGGUGGUGCUGGAUGGCCUUUGGAAAGCGGCUGCAGGAGCUUUGACAGCUACACCACCAUGCUUAGUGUCCUUUAUGAUGUCAGAGGCUGAAGCCCCGAGGAUCUGAUACUUGAAAUGUUUGUAGCUAACUUAUUUUUUUCAUAUUUAUUGCUUUUCAACGGGAUGGCAGAGUCUAUAUUUUGUAACGCUUAAGGAGCUGGAGUCGGCAGGGUUUUUUGUAGCGUGCUGGACUCUUCUGGAGCAGAGGACCUUUACUCAAACACAUUCUGUCAGGCUGGAGCCAAAACAGAAAGUUGUUGAUCUUUCUGCCCAAAAAUGGAAGCAAGUUUUUAAAGAUGUUAUGAAAUAAUGUCUGGUGGAGAAUACUAAAGUGCAGGUUUUAUUGACUCAGCUCAGUUAAAUUAAAUGGCAUUUGAUGAUGAAGAUGCUUUUUUAUUUUGCUUUAUAAAGAUGAAUCCAUGAAUGUAUUUAGCAUAUAUUUCGUAUUAGAUGAUGCUUUUUGAAGAUUCUUUUAUUUUUAUCUGAUAUGAACUCUUUCACUAACUCUUACAUGUUUUCUAGUCUUAUUACCUGGUCUUAACUCUUACCUGUGGUAAGAACGUUUCUACUCUUCCCAAAUGUUUACAUUGCAAAACCAAACUAACACUGGCUGUAAAAGUGACCCUACACUAACAUGCUUUGACUGAGAGGACCAUGUGAGUCGGUGUGGAUGAUGUGAACAAAAUAAACUCUUCUGCUUACAGUGA